UAACGACUAUUUCUGUACUUUUUAUUCUAUUCGACUUCCAUGAUUAAGUUGGUGGAGCGAAGACAAAAACUGAAAUAUGACCGCAUGACCGCAUCAGAGUUCGACACGACCCUUGCUUGCCUUCACCCACGAUCCAGUGACAUGACCUCUCGUCUCAGAGUGCGAACCAAGUACAAAAUCUUUUCUCACGGGAAAAACUAUCACCAUAGUGAAAUUGAACACGAGUAAUGGAAGUACCAUCCAAAUCAGAUGCAGGUACCUACAACACUGCUUUGCUGUCCAUAAUCUUCCUCGCUAUUCGCUACAACAAAGCUUUAGCGUGUCCAGCGAUUCUGACUAGCGUCUUCGACUCCAUCAUCGCUAGAAACCUGCUGCUACUAGCUCAAACAACAGUGCCGGUCGAGUCGUUUUUCUUCCCCUAUUCCCAGGGGUUCUUCAAUCGAACAGAUUUUGGUUUCGUUUCUGCCAACCGAGGGACCAUGGGUCUAGACCAUCAUGCACGCCAUCUGGAAGAGCUCCGCUCGAAUAUCCUGGCUGGCAUUCCUCGGUCGCUGAUCGGAACCUCCGACAACAAGCACUACAAGAUCACCGAUCCGGACCUAAGCGAAGCCAAAGAGUUCCUGGAGACCCAGGCCUGUGACGCGGCCUGGAAGCACAGCCUGGCAAAGUUCAUCGUCCUGAAGGAAACCCUGCAGUCCGGAGCACCCAAUGGUUCCUGCGGAGCUAUUCCAUCCUCGGUCUCGCGCCUCCUCGAGAUCCCGGAUCUCCUCCAGGAAAUGCUCGUGGCCGAUGGACCCACCGGUGGCAACUGGCCGAGGGCCAUGGAGAUCUACGAAGAAAUCCAAAGAGAGAGCGACGCGGUCUCGGAUACCGAGGACCACCCCGUGUUGCACCGGCUAGCGAUCGCUAUUUCCCUGGUCCACGCUACUCCCGUGGCACAAACGAAUCCCCUGGCCAACGCCGGAGACGAAGACUGUGACAACCCGGAGGACGUUGUCGAUCCCGUCCGGCGCUACCUUAACUACGAGAUUGCCUACCUGGAGGGAGAACUAUACCCCUUCUUUCCGACGCUUACUACGUGGGAGCUUCGGUUCGUCGUCGAUGGGGACGAAUCCGACGAGGUUGCGGCCUGGGGCCGCUCCGCCCUCCGAAACUAUUAUCCCGACCACGUCCUCUCCGACAAUCCAAGCUGGUUCUGUGCGUCGAUCGUUCAGACAGACGUUCCAUACGGAUCGUCGAGGGUCAAGKACGACGAUCCAAAGCUCCACAAGUACCAGAACAUUUUGAGGAACGGGGGCAUCUGCGGCCGGAGGGCCUUUUUCGGCCGCUUCGUGCUCCGGGCCUUUGGCGUACCGACGACGGCCCGGCCUUCCAAGGGCCACGCAGCCCUGUGCCACUGGACCGGUCCGGGGGUAGAUUCCGACUGGGCCGUGAACCUCGGUGCCGGCUGGGGCAAGGGGUGGACCUGGACGAGAUAUUCCAAGGACCUGGACUUUCUGGCCACCACCCGGGCCCGCAGGCGGAACCCGGCACGCUUUUCCAGUGUAGCCCUCGCCCGGUGCCUCGGAGACCUCUUUGGCGAGCCCAAGGUGUACGGGAUCUACGAUCCGAAAGAGAAGGGAUGUAAAGAGGGGGUCCCGUUGGAUCUAGGGGAUAGAAGCGUGAUCGGGCUGUGGUAUCGCCUCUCCCUGGCUUUGCAGGAAUCCAUUCUCGCAGCUCCCCCGAGCCCGGCGUUGCUUCCAAACUCCGGGCCCGACGAGACCCUCAUCGACACCGCUAGGAAGAAACCAUCCCACAUUGGGUCGUGCUCAUACGGCACGGACGAGAAAGGGAGAGCCACCAUUUGCCUACCGGCUGCCUCCUUUGCCGAUCCCAGGGGAACAAAGGACGUUUCUACUAUGAAGGGGUUUUUCCGAAGCAAGUGCAACACGCAGAUCCACCUGCCCCCGUUUCAACCCCAGGGAACUACCAUUCUCCGGGGCGGAAGCUGGAAGGAGGAACCCACCGGGUUGUGUCAGUCCGGUGCGAGGCUACUCUCGGGUGGAAAGGGAAAAUACGAGGACUGGGGCCUUCGUGUGGCCCUGUCUUGCGACGAGGACAAUCCGGAGCCCACCCGAACCGUCGCCCUGACCAGGGAGGUGACCAUGGAAUUCGUGUACAUUCCGCCGGGCAGUUUUGUCAUGGGUGGAAAGAAAACAUCCGACAGCCGGUUCCGGUGCGUGGAGGUUCCGCACCACCCUGUGGCGAUCACCAAGGGGUUUUACAUGGGGAAGUUCCCUGUGACGCAGGCCCAGUACGAGGCCGUGAGGGGCACCAAUCGCUCCAAGUCGACCAGACACCCGAGCUGCCCGGUCGACAACGUCGGCGUCGAAGAUGCCUCGGCCUUCUGCCUGGACGCCUCCGCGAAAAGCGGUUCCGAUAUCCGGCUUCCCACGGAGGCCGAGUGGGAGUACGCGGCCCGCGGGAGCACCAGCGGUGACUCGGCCGGCCAAAGCUGGUUUUUCGGCAGCGACGCCUCCGCCAUGGACGACUAUGCCUGGUACAAGGCCAACUCGGGCGGGAAAUCCCAUCCCGUCGGGCAGAAGAAGCCCAAUCCGUUUGGCCUGUGCGACGUCUACGGAAACGUCUGGGAACGGGUAUCGGACACCUACAAAAAGGAGUACUAUGCCGAGCUGGCAGGGCAAGGAGUCGCGGAAGACCCAGCAGGUCCCUCCCAGGGGAACAAAUCGAGGUUUCGGUACGACAUGCGGAACGUCCCCGAGGAGGGUUCCUACGCCCUCACCGCCAGGGCUUGUACCGUGACUGUGAAUCAAACGCUAAAGGUAUCUCCGAACGACAACGGCGAAGAGUUCAAGGUUGAGCUCCCAUACACCCUCGGCGAAUGGAAAGACUCGCCCCCGGUAGUCCUUCCCCUCAAACAGGGCCACAACACUCUCUCCGUCUGGCGGGAUGCUCCUCCCCAGUACGGGGUCUCCCUCAGGGAAUUCCGGCUCACCAAGGUUGACUGAACCGAACCCACAAACACAGGGACAGACCMAACGCAACAAACGAACGAAUGAAUGAAUCCAUCGGAAAGUCAUACACAGCGAUAGAACAAACCUACUCAGUAGAAUGUAUUGCAUCAACAACAAACAAAUAUGAAGAACUAUGUGCAAAUCAAUGGUCUGACCACUGUACGAAUAAAGAAACAAUAUUAAA